UUUUGAUAUUCUGGCUUUAUUAACUGACUUCACUCUCUGUGCUUAUGAAACUGGCUAGCUUGUCAGUUGCAUAAUACAGUUGCCUCUCAUGGCUGCACGGCUGUUGAAGGUGUCUACUGUCGCCACUGCAGUGUUCGCCUCAUCUGGAUUUAUCCUGUACAACAAGCAUGUGGACCCAAAUGACAUCAGUGUUAUUCGGUUCGGCAGAGCAGCAGCAACGACAGCGGUCAUCAGCUAUGAUUAUAUCACAGCUUUUCGGAAUGUGCCAUUUGGAACAGAAGAAUACUGGGAGCUCAAGUCUAAGGUGCACCUGCGCUCAGCGGAGAGGCUGCGGGACCUGUGCUGCGCCAACAGGGGCACCUUCAUCAAGGUGGGGCAGCACCUGGGCGCCCUGGACUACCUGCUGCCCCAGGAGUACACCAGCACGCUGAAGGUGCUGCACAGCCGAGCCCCCCAGAGCACCUUGGACGAGAUCCAGCAGGUCAUCCGCGAGGACCUGGGGAAAGAGAUCCACGAGGUGUUCAGUAGCUUCGAUGAGCAGCCGCAGGGCGCGGCCUCACUCGCUCAGGUGCACAAGGCCGUUCUGCAGGACGGCAGAACGGUGGCGGUCAAGGUGCAGCACCCCAAAGUCCAGACGCAGAGCUCCAAGGACAUCAUCGUCAUGGAGUUCCUGGUGCACGUGGUCCACUGGCUGUUCCCGGACUUCGCCUUCAUGUGGCUGGUGGAGGAGGCCAAGAAGAACAUGCCCCUGGAGCUGGACUUCCUCAACGAGGGCCGCAACGCAGAGAAGGUGGCCAACAUGCUCAAGCACUUUGACUUCCUCAAGGUUCCAAAAAUUCACUGGGAUCUUUCGACUAAGCGUAUCCUGACGAUGGACUUUGCCGAGGGAGGCCAGGUGAACGACAGAGACUACAUGAGGCGAAAUGGCAUCGAUGUCAAUGAGAUCUCACAGAACCUGGGGAAGAUGUACAGUGAGAUGAUAUUUGUGAACGGCUUUGUGCACUGUGACCCGCACCCUGGCAACGUCCUGGUGCGGAGGAGCCCGAGCGGCAGCAAGACGGAAAUUGUGUUACUCGAUCACGGCCUGUAUCAGGUGCUGAAGGAGGACUUCCGUCUGGACUACUGCCGCCUGUGGCAGGCCCUGAUGAAGGCGGACAUUAAGGGGAUCGAGAGGUACAGCCGGCGCCUGGGUGCCGGAGACUUGUUCCCGCUCUUUGCCUGCGUGCUCACCGCCCGCUCCUGGAAGUCCGUCAACGAGGGCAUUAGCCAGACGCCGGUCACCAACUCGGAGGACGUGGAGAUCCGCACCAACGCCGCCCUGUACCUACCUCAGAUCAGCGAGCUGCUCAACCGUGUCCCCCGCCAGAUGCUGCUCCUACUCAAGACCAACGACCUGCUGCGCGGCAUCGAGACCAUCCUGCAGACGCGCGCUAGCUCCAGCUCCUUCAUCAACAUGUCCCGCUGCUGCACGCGCGCCGUGGCCAGGCACAGGAGGAGUAAGACGUGCUCGCGGAGCAAGCGUUUGCAGAUUUCGUUGUCCGAGGCGAUCACGUUGUGGCAGAUCAGCCUGUAUGAGAUGUUCAUGUGGAUCAAGAGCUCCACGCUGGGCUGCUGGCUCUCAGCGCUCAUCAAUGUCCUGCCCGGCACAAGCUGAAGAGGCACAUUCUCUCUCUCUCCCUCCCCCUCUCUCUGAUUCUGCCUCCCUUUUUCUCUCUAUCCUCCUCCUAGUCUCUCUCUCUCUCUCUCUCUCUCCCC